AUGGCGAUGAACUGUCCCCAUGAAGAGUUGUGUCGAGUGAAAAAAAUAAAAUUAAUUCAACUCCGUAAUAACCAACUGCUGUUCCUUUUUUGUUGAACUGAGCACAACUGCUGUUCUAGUCUUUCCGCCGGAAUCCGCCACAUCCCGCCGGAAAAAUGCCGGGCCCUCUCCCCGUCCUCUUCCUCCUCGCAACAAUCUUAUUCGCCACCCAUCCAGUCAAUUCCCUCCGACCCCACCUCCUCUCUUCCCCACCAAACCCCUGCGCCGCCCUCCCCAGCCCCCUCCCCGCCGUCCGAUCCGACCAACUCACCGUCCUCAUCAACGGCUACUCCCCCUCCCGCAUCCCCCUCCUCCUCUCCCUCGCCGCCUCCUACUCCUCCUCCCCCUCCGUCGCCUCCGUCGUAAUCCUCUGGUCCAACCCCCACACAACUACCCAAACCCUAACCCUACUCCUCCGCAACCUCUCUCUCUCCUCCCCCUCCAAAACCCCCAUCUCUCUCCUCCGCCAACCCUCCCCCAGCCUCAACCUCCGCUUCCUCCCCCUCCCCCCCUCCCUCCUCCGCACCCGCGCCGUGCUCGUCGCGGACGACGACGUCUCGGUCGACCCCAAAUCCCUCGAAUUCGCUUUCAAAGUCUGGAAACAAAACCAAAACCGCCUCGUGGGGCUCUUCGCGAGGUCCCACGACAUCGAUUUGGAAUCGAGGUCGUGGAUCUACACGGUCCAUCCGGAUAAGUACUCGAUUAUGCUGACUAAGUUUGUGAUAUUGAAGAGUGAGUUUUUGUAUAGGUAUAGUUGUGGAGGGGGGAGGGAGAUGGAGGAGGCUAGGGGUGUGGUGGAUAGAAUGAGGAAUUGUGAGGAUAUUUUGAUGAAUUUCGUGGCGGCAGAGGAGGGGGGUGUGGGGCCGGUUUUGGUUGGGGUGGAGAAGGUGAGGGAUUGGGGGGAUGCGCGGAAUGAAGGGGCGGUGGUGGGUGGUGGGGAGGAUGGGGAGGGAGUGAGGGAGGUGGGGUUGAGUAGUAGGAGGAGGGAUCAUAGGAAGAGGAGAGGGGAGUGUAUUAGGGAGUUUCAUAGGAUUUUGGGGAGGAUGCCGUUGAGGUAUAGUUACGGGAAGGUAGUUAAUUCGGUUGGCGAGCAAGGGCUUUGUGAGAAAGGAGGGAAGUUGGUGUUCUGUGAUCAGCAAGUUGCAGAAUGAAUGUAUGCCUAGUUGAGUACUCGUUGAUGGGUGUCUCGGGUGGGUAGAUUGGAUAUAGACACAAUCGGCUAUCAUCGGGACCGAACCCACGAAAAUGUAUGCCAAGUCGAGUAAUCGUUGGUGUUUCUAGGUGGGUAGAUUGGAUAGAGACAACCCUCUGUCAUAAGGAUCGAACCCUACGAAUGAUGGUGAAUAAUGUCUGAGAAUUGCUGGUUUCAACCCUCUGGAAACAAUGAGUCAGAGAAAGUAAAGGCGUGGAGAGUUGUUUGUAUUGUAGGAUAGAAUAUGCUCGGCUCUUACGUUGUAGCUGCUCAUCUAGAUUCUCAAUUAGACCUCUUGCAUCUCAUUUUUCGUGUAUAGAUAUAGACAUUCUCUCCUCUUGGGGAGUUGUUUCUGUAGUGCUUACCUAGGUUUUGUCAUUUAUAGCAUGGCCUUCAAGUUCUUAUUUUUUGUUGUGUAUAUUUUGGAAAUUAUGCCUCCUAUACGGGUCCAUUAACAAUAUAGUAUGCAAAACCCAUUAUGGAAAAUUGUAAUCUCAUGUUCAGUGAUUGAUAUGUUCAAAAAGAAAAAAAGCUCUGUGAUUGAUGUAUAGUUUCUCAUUGAGCUUUUCAAGUCCUAACUCUUUCCAAAUGUGUACCUGCAUUGAUCUAGAAAAGUAAACCAGUGUAGGUAUGAUCAGCUGAUCCAGUCAUUUCUUCCCCUCUUCUGAGACUCACUGUGACAGAGUUGCGCAGCUGAUCUAUUGGACCAUCUCGUCAAUCUCUCAGUUCAUGAUCUUUACUAGUUGUUGUCUGCUCACUUCUGUAUCUGUUGCUAUUUCUUCCUUACUAGUUAAUCCUAGUACCAUAUUUUCUUCAUCCUUCAUGUUUGGGAAAAGUCCCCUUAUAAAUAAGUGAACUUGUAAAUGUACUGGAGUAUGAUCUCUGUAACUUGACUAAGCAACUUGUGUAAAAUUUCUGAACAUUGAGGUGAAACUUUCCUCUGGGGAUUCGAAUCUGCAACCUCUGUUACUUGUUGAGGUGAUUCGAAUCUGGGGAGUUUGAUGUCAACCAACUCAAAUUAACUUAUAAGCACAGCACCUUUUGGCAACAAAUUUAUCUGAACUAUUUCGUGCACCUGCUUCAUGUUCAAUUUGUAUUGGCCCCCAUAAGUUUUCUUGAAUGCAAGUGAUAUUGUAAAUCUAUUUUGCGGGACAUUGUUGUUUAUGUGAGGGAUUUGUUUACAAAUGUCGCUAUCAUACAACAUAUUGUCAUGUUUUCAGUUGUCCUUUCCUUCAACAAUGAAGUUAAAUCCUUAUCAGAUCGAUUAGCUGAUGAUGAUCCACUUUCGACCUUCCCCAAUGGAAGGAAGAUAAUAGAUCUAAUUAUCUUAUCUCCUCUUGCAGUUGUUUGUCAUUAAAUAAAAAGGUCAAAUUGGAAAUUGGCCUCGUGUCGUUGAAAUUCUUUUUCUUCCACCCUCUUGUAUUUCUUGAUGAUAAUGGAUAAACGCUGCAUUAUUGUCUGUAUCCUGUACAUGGUAGGGAAAUACUCCUGUUUACAGGAAUCCAGUGUCCUUCAUCUUCUGUUCAACAGCAGAUUUAAGUUUAAUAAGGAGAAGCUUCUUUUCGGAUACACUGUUAUUGUUGUUGAGAUGCUUCUGUCUAUGCCUCUUGGUUAGCGUAUCUGGUUUUUGGAUUAUAGGGGAGGGCAGCUCUGUGAGUUGGUGUUUUGAAGGUCAUAAGAUUCAUAACUACAAGAAAGCUAUACUCCCCUGUUCUUCAGAUUUCAUUGCAGCUUCGCGCUUGGAUAAUGCUCAACCAGCUCAAGCUUCUGUUGUUCCCAGCCUCCAAAAGUCAAAUGGUAUGUGUCUUCCUUAGGCUUGGUGAAAAUUAAUUUCGAUGGAGGCGCUGAUCAACACGUUAGCAGAGGGGGUGCUGGCAUUGUUACUCGUGAUGGGGGACGAAAGUUCAUUGCUGCUAAAAGUGUUCCCAUCAAUGGCAUUACAAACCCUUUGGUUUUGGAAGCUAUGGCAGCUCGUGAAAGCCUGAAAAUUUGCUUUGGAAUUGGGGUUUCAAGAUAUAGAGAUUGAGGGAGAUGCUCAAAAAUUAAUCGGGAUAAUCCUUCCUGAAAGUCCGACUCAAACCAAUGUUACAGUUGUGGUGACUGAUUUAUGGGAAUUGCAGGGUGAACUACGGACUUGCAAGCUCAAUUUUGUUCGAAUAACUGCAGAUGGCGUUUGCUCAUUGCUUGGCAAAGAGAGCGGUGAGAGGUGUAGGUUCGUCUAGUUGGGAGGCCUACCCUCCGCUGUGGCUGUUUUCUUCUCUACAAAAGGAGGACUGCUGCGUUUAAUUUCGUUUGUUAUUUCCUGUUUCUUUCUUCUAACAUCAGUGGGGUUUCAGCUAUCUAUUAGGAUUUUUUUUCCCUGCAAAAAUGGAUGUGCAGAAUGGUUGCUCCAUAUAUCCGCCAGCAAGUAUGCUCUCACAUCACAUAGGCAUCUGCAAGGGCCUCCCCUGCACGGUUGCACCGAUGUUUUUGGA